AUGGCAGCCUAUGAGUCUGCCAUCACAACGGGCGCCUCACAGAACUCCGAUCUUCGUCGAAGAAAUGUCUUUGGCUUGCAAAAAGAAGACAGUGGGGCGAGUAACGUCCGGGCUGAAAUCGACGGGAAAAGGGCAACACCACAAAAGUUCUCAUUCAUCGAUGUACUUGACGAGUGGGAAGUUAUCAUUGCCCCCCUGAUAUUCACCGCACUCUCCUUCUUCACACGAAUGUGGCGUAUCGGUCGAUCGAAUAUUGUUACAUGGGAUGAAGCUCAUUUCGGCAAGUUUGGCUCCCAUUACCUGAAGAGGGAGUUCUAUUUCGAUGUCCAUCCGCCGCUGGGGAAAAUGCUAGUGGGCCUGUCGGGUUACCUUGCGGGCUACAAUGGCUCGUUUGAGUUCAAAUCUGGAGAAAAGUACCCACCGGAUCUUAACUAUACCUUCAUGCGUUCGUUCAAUGCCAUUUUCGGAGCCGUCUGCGUACCGCUAGCAUACUAUACAGCCCGCGAACUGAACUUCCGCCGCUCGACUGUCUGGUUGGUGACUCUAAUGGUUCUCUGUGAGAACUCCUAUGCCACCAUCUCCAGAUUUAUUCUUCUCGAUUCUAUGCUGUUAUGCUUCACCUUCACGACUAUUUUGUGCUGGGCGCGAUUUCACCGGCUUCAAAAUAAAAGUUUCACAGUGGAAUGGUUCACAUGGCUCAUACUGACGGGGCUGAGUAUUGGCUGCGUCUGCAGUGUGAAGUGGGUGGGAUUCUUUGUUACUGCGAUGGUUGGACUAUACACUGCUGAGGAUCUGUGGAACAAGUUUGGCGAUCUAAAAAUGCCCAAGGUUGUUCUUGCACAACAUGUCGCGGCUCGAGUAGCAGGAUUGAUUGUUGUUCCUCUUCUUGUCUACAUGUUUUCGUUCUACCUGCAUUUCCUCGUGCUCGAAAACUCGGGACCUGGGGAUGCGCAGAUGAGCUCUCUUUUCCAAGCCAACCUAAAGGGCACCAGCGUUGGGAAAGACAGCCCUCUCGAAAUUGCGAUAGGAUCAAAGGCAACCCUGAAAAACAUGGGAUAUGGUGGCGGUCUCCUUCACUCGCACGUCCAAUCCUACCCUGAAGGAUCAGGUCAGCAACAGAUCACUUGCUAUCACCACAAGGAUGCCAAUAAUGACUGGUUUUUCUAUCCGAACCGAGAUGAGCCCGAUUACGACCCGGAAGCUCCUUUAAGUUUUAUUGGUGACAAGGAUGUUAUCCGGCUCGUUCACGCUCAAACAGGACGUAAUCUGCAUUCGCAUCCUGUACCUGCACCAGUGACCAAGAGCAGCUACGAAGUAUCAGGUUAUGGAAAUACAACAAUUGGAGACAAUAAAGAUCACUGGGUCAUUGAAGUAGUUAGCGAUGUCGCAUCCAAUGACAGGUCGAAAAUUCGGACUUUGACAACUGCUUUCCGCAUUCGCCACGCUGUUCUGGGCUGCUAUCUUCGUGCAGGCAACGUUAAUCUUCCACAGUGGGGCUUCAAACAAAUUGAAACUACAUGCGUCAAAAAAAAUAAUCCCCGAGACAUUUACACUCAUUGGAAUAUUGAGAGUCACAUUAAUGACAGGCUCCCACCCGGUGACGCUGGUUCCUACAAAUCGCCAUUCCUAAAGGACUUCCUCCAUCUCAACGUGGCCAUGAUGACAUCAAACAACGCCCUUGUUCCUGACCCAGAUAAGCAAGAUGACCUCUCCUCCGAGUUUUGGGAGUGGCCAAUCCUCCACACAGGUCUCCGCAUGUGUUCCUGGGAGGACAACGUCGUCAAAUACUUCCUCCUCGGAAACCCCAUCGUCUACUGGGGAGGAACCGCCAGUCUCCUCAUCAUCAGCAUGAUCUUGCUCUUCUACCUGGUCCGCUGGCAGCGCGGCUACGACGAACUCAAUAUGGCCGAGAUCGACCACAUUUACUAUUCCGGCAUAUACCCAGCGAUCGCAUGGUUCUUCCACUACUUCCCCUUUAUUGCAAUGGCCCGCGUCACCUACGUGCACCACUAUUACCCAGCGCUGUAUUUUUCCAUGCUAACACUGGCUUUCUGCGUGAACUGGUUUACGCGGAAGCUCCCCGCAAAGGUCGAGUGGGCCAUCUACACAGUGCUCUACGCGGCUGUAAUUGGACUCUUCUUACAUUUCCGUGACAUCGUCUUUGGAAUGGAAGGGCCAAGCUCGAAAUGGGAGCAUUUGUCCUGGGUUUAG